AUGACGGGCACGGGAAUCUCGGUUCCGGUGGUAGUGUUACUUCGCAGGCUGUUCAACGCUAUUUCUACCCUCUCGGUGUCGAAGGAAUAUAUCUUACAACGCAAACAGAGGAAGGCACUUGAAGCGCAGCAGAGAAAUAGCUCUUUGCAUUCUGCCUCCUUGUCGCCCCACCUCGAACUUGACCCUCAUUCCAACUCGGAAUAUCCUUCCCCAAUCCCGCCCUCGCAUUCUUCACCCAAACCUCACCGUCACCCGCGACAAUCUCCACCCCCGCCCAAACCACAGACUCGGGAAGAUCCUGAGGUCCCACCAGAAUCCCCCGACAUUAUCCACCAGCUCCUGCAUAACCCCGUACUAUUCGACCCUCUUCGCACUCCUAGAUACCCCAUUGUUCUUUGCCAUGGUCUCUACGGGUUUGACCAACGGGGCCCCAGCUCAUUUCCAAGCAUGCGUAUGCACUACUGGGCGAAUGUUUUGAAGAUUCUCAGGCAGAAGAUUGGCGCGCAGGUGGUCGUUACAUCAGUGCCUGGAACCGGCUCAAUUGCUUCUCGUGCCGAAGCUCUUCACCAGCAGCUCGAAACGAAAGCGCGUGGACGAGGGAUAAAUUUCCUGGCCCACUCGAUGGGCGGUCUAGACUGUCGACACUUGAUUUCUCACAUAAAGCCCUCGGAAUACGUGCCACUGUCCUUGACGAGCAUUAGCACUCCUCAUCGAGGAAGCCCGUUUAUGGACUGGUGUACUGAAAAUAUUGGCAUCGGAAAGCUGAAGCGUGAAGAAUUCAUUGCCAAGUCAACCUCAUUCUCCUUUUCUCAGCUCCCUUCCACUUUCACCAGCCUCAUCCUCAACCUCGUUGAUUCUCCUGCUUACGCGAACCUGCGAACGUCAUAUUUGACGGAAGUGUUCAAUCCGCAGACUCCCGACGAUCCUCGAGUCAAAUACUUCAGUGUUGCAGCGCGGGCGCCAGGUGUGAAUAUCUGGCAUCCGUUUUGGUUACCGAAGAUGGUGCUUGAUGGGGUUGAGGCUCGGGAACGACAGCAACUGCGCGAGUCAUGGGAAAGCGGCACGUCGAAUGACCCAUUAUGGAAACACGACCGUGAGUGGGGAAACGAUGGGCUGGUGACGGUGCAGAGCGCCAAAUGGGGCGAGUUUCUGGGAAUCAUGGAGGGGUGCGAUCACUGGGAGAUAAGAGGAGCAAGGGGAAUUGAGUUUGGCGUCGACCUCCCAGCAAUACCUGCAAUUGGACUCAGUACAGGCUCGAGUAACUCCUCUUCCUCAUCACAAGGCGAUGGUUGGGGACUGAUGGACUGGGGCCGAUUUGUUCGUGCUUGGAAGAAGGAGGAAAAGAGCCAGCGUGAUGCUGCCAUGGCGUCAAAACCGGCUUCUGACCUGAAAGACGAGCAAAUCAAGGAGAAAACAGACGAGGCGCUGGUGAAGAACUCGACCGACAAAGCCUCGUCUGCAUUCGACUGGCUACUUGAACAGGUCCCCAGUGUGCCGCUUCUUGGGGGGCCUAAGAGCGGCAAAACCCAGGCGGUUGAGGAUGCGCAACGGUUAACAAAGGCAGAGGUUGAUGCUCUUCAUGGAGAGGAGAAGAAGGACAAGACGGCGCGAAAGAAAGCUGAGUUGGCGAGCAAAGCUGACUUGGAGCGGUUCUAUGUUGCGUUGUCGCGGAAGAUGUACGAUGAAGGGCUGUAA